UUCAUUCAAUGAACUUCAUUGCAAUUUGGAAGAUUGAAUUCAAUUCAAUAUCAUUAUUAUUAUAACUGGUCAUAAACCAAUUUGUCGCAAACAAAAUGAAACAAUUUUUACUACUUGGUGUUGUACUAUCAGUGACAGUGGCUGCUCAUGCAUCUUCGAAUUUUGUCGAUUUUACCAAUCCAAUUGGGCCACAAAUUUUCAAAUUAGUCAAGGAAACGGUACAAGAAAAUCACGGUUUGGAAAGUUGGCAUAAUGAAUUUCAACAAGCAUUUCUUACAUUUGCAAAGACUUUACACGAAUGCAAAACACUCGCAGACAUUGAGCAACAUGAAUGUUACGAAAACUUAAAAACGCAUACUUACAAUGAAUAUAAUCGUUUGGUGAAAAUGUUACCCGAACAUUUGAGAGUAAAGUCCAGCAAGAGUUUCACUAAAUAUGUCCAGCCAGAAGUGUUCAGUUUUGCUUCUAAAUUCGAUGAUGCUACUCCAUUGGAGGGUAUCACAUUUCCAAUCACUGCGGAAGAAUUUAAUUGUGGAAAGAGCGUGGUUUUAAAAUUGGUCGAAAAUUAUCCCCAAUAUACACAAUGGAGUCAGGAUGUGAAAACGAUUUCAGUUAAUUUUAGAGUGCAAACCAAAAAGUGCGAAGCUAUUCAUAAACCAAACGAUAAAAGAGAAUGCUACAAACGACUCAAUGAACACGCCAAAGUCGAAUACAAUCGUUUGGUUAAUAUGCUAGAGAAGGAUAUUAGAGGGAAAUUUAUUGAAGACUUUAAGAAAUGCUUCAACUAAGGGAAUGAUGAUCGAUAGUUCAAGAAAAUAUAAUUGUAAAUCAGGGAAAAUAGAAUUAAAUAAUAAUAGUUUUAAAAUAAUUUAUAAAAUAUAUAUAUCAAAUCCAAA